AUGGCAUUCAGGCACCCUAAAUCACUCACACUGACCGCUGCAGUCCGACGGUGGCCUCGAGUCGUCGCUGGCGUGCGACCAUUCUCGGCUACGUCAAGCGACCGCGCAGCUGCCAUCUUCUCGAACGAGCCUUCCAGGCCAAAGCUCGUGACAUCUUCACUUCCCGGACCUAGAGUGAAAGAUGGUCUUGCGGACUUGGAGGAAGUUUUUGAUACCAGGAGUGCGAACACUUUGGUAGACUACGAGAAGUCGACGGGUAACUAUCUUGUUGAUGCCGAUGGCAACACAUUCCUAGAUGUAUUUGCUCAAAUCGCCUCCAUUCCGCUGGGAUACAAUAACCCUGAACUCAACCGUGCCUCUGUAAGCCCAGCCAUGGUCCGCGCCAUCGCCAGCCGGCCAGCACUUGGAAGUUUUCCAUCAACAGACUAUGCAGACCUCCUCAAGACCGGUAUCCUAAAAGCCGCUCCGCAAGGCCUAAAUCAAGUCUUCACGGCUACCACUGGAUCGGACGCAAACGAGACAGCGUACAAAGCCGCUUGCAUCUGGAAGGGGACUCGGGACCGCGGCGGUAGGGAUUUCAGCGCUGCUGAGCUGGAGUCCGUCAUGCGGAACCAGGAGCCUGGUGCGAAAAAGUAUUCGAUAAUGUCAUUUUCAAAGGGGUUUCACGGCCGUCUUUUUGGAAGUUUGUCCACGACGAGGAGCAAGCCAAUUCACAAGCUCGAUGUGCCGGCUUUCGACUGGCCUGUGGCGCCUUUUUCGCAGCUCAAGCACCCCCUCGACCAAUUCGCAUCUGAGAAUGCUGCCGAGGAGAAGCGGUGCCUUGAGGAAACGGAGCGUGUGCUGGACGAGGCCAACGGCACAGUCGCAGCAGUGGUCAUCGAACCUGUUCAAGCUGAGGGCGGCGACAAUCACGCGUCCCCCGCCUUCUUUCGUGGUCUUCGAGAGCUUACCAAGCGUAAGGGUGUGUUAAUGAUUGUCGAUGAGGUUCAAACAGGCGUAGGGGCAACAGGCAAAUUUUGGGCCCACGAGCACUGGAACCUCCCUUCUCCGCCAGACAUGGUCACCUUCUCAAAGAAGGCACAAGCGGCGGGUUUCUACUUUGGCGACGCUGACCUGCGACCUGACAAGCCGUAUCGCCAGUUCAAUACUUGGAUGGGCGACCCCGUGCGUGCACUGUUGUUCAAGGCGAUUUACGGAGAGAUUGAGAAGCACGGGUUGGUUGAGCAUACGGCACGGGUUGGUGGGUACCUGUACCGGGAGCUGGAGGGGCUGGCGGACAAGUACCCGCAGCACGUAUUGAACCUUCGUGGCAAGGAUCGCGGGACGUUUAUUGCGUGGGAUUGUCCGCGGAGAGAAGAGGUGCUAGCCUUGGCUAAGUCGAGAGGGGUAAACAUGGGCGGCAGCGGCGAUGCUGCUAUCCGACUACGACCGAUGCUGGUGUUUGAGAAGCAUCAUGCCGAUAUUUUCCUGGACGUGUUGGAAGGGGUAUUCAAGCGGCUAUCGUAG